AUGGCCCGCGCCGCGUCCUCGUCCGCCGAGAGCUGGCGCCAGGGCCGGCGCCAGGGCCGAGCCUUCGUCGCCUCUCCUUGGACCCGUCCCCUCGUCCUCGCCCUCGUCCUCGCACUCUUCUGCGGCGUCGCCAACGCCUCCAUCGGUGACCGCCUGCCCGAAUUCCGCCACUGUCUCGAGGUCUGCAAAAGCGAAAACUGCGGCUCGGAGAAGCCGCACACGGCCAUUCCUCUCCUCCGCCGGCUCCUCGCCUGGACCUGCUCCUCCGAGUGCGAUUACGCGUGCCAGCACAUCAUCACCGAGUCCCGCGUCGAGUCCGACCUCCCGAUCGUGCAGUUCCACGGCAAGUGGCCCUUCUACCGCUUCCUCGGCAUGCAGGAGCCCUUCUCCGUCCUCUUCUCCCUCGGCAACCUCUACGCCCACCUCGACGGCCUCGGCAAGAUCCGCGAAGCCAUCCCCUCCCGCUACGCCCUCCGUCCGUGGUACGAGUGGCUCGCCCGCAUCUCCAUCGCCGCCUGGACCUUCAGCGCCAUCUUCCACACCCGAGACUUUGCCAUCACCGAGGAGCUCGACUACUUCGCCGCCGGCGCCACCGUCUUCUACGGCAUGUACUACACCCCGAUCCGCGUCUUCCGCCUCCACAAGCCCACCCCGCGCCACCGCUCCGUCCUCCGCGCCUGGUCUCUCCUCUGCCUCUGCCUCUACGUCGCCCACGUCGCCUACCUCAAGUUCGUCCGAUGGGACUACUCCUACAACAUGGCGGCCAACAUCGCCGCCGGCAUGGUCCAGAACAUCCUCUGGAGCGGCUUCAGCUUCAACCGCUACCGCCGCUCCAAGUCCAAGCAGCUGUGGGUCGUCUGGCCCGGUCUCGCCGUCGCCUGGGUCAUGUUCGCCAUGGGCAUGGAGCUCUUCGACUUUCCCCCCUGGCUCGGAAGCAUCGACGCCCACAGCCUGUGGCAUCUCAUGACCAUUGCCCCCACCGUCCUGUGGUACAACUUCCUCGUCAAGGAUGCCGCCGUCGACAUGGCGGAGGACCGAUUGAAGGCCUGA